AUGGGAUAUGGAGUGGGAGCUGUCCCUGUGGAUCCUGAAGAAGAUCCUCUUCAAGAGGGUGACCUUGGAGAGCAGCUUGAGCCGCCUCAAGAAGAAGAGGAGGUGGAGCCAGCUAUUCACAAGCUCAAGGCGGAGGAGCUAUGGAACGAUGAUGAGUUGGCCGAGCAACAGAAGCUCGUGGAGGAGAUCAUCGAGUUGAUGGCCAAGGACCCGGUGCACAAGGUGACCCGAACACCAGCUGUAAGCCAGCAAGACGCCAAUCGGCGAAGUACCUACGCAACAGUUGGUGCCUACAAUCAUGGUGGUGUGUUUGGGGUGACAAAGUACACGGAGGAGGCGACCGCCCUGACGAGGAAAGUCGCUGAUCUUCUUCGGAUGGACUUCCCCGGCGAGUGUUUUACUUCGGCGACGAUCAUACAGAACACCGUGAUGCCCACGCACCGAGACCUGUUCAACGAUUUCGAUUCUCGCAACCUUAUCUCUCCUUUGAGGGUUACCUCAGGGGCAGCUGUGUGGGAAGAGCUGAAGCCGGGAGAUAAGUUCCAGGGAACCUAUGCCGAGAUGACCGUCAAGGACAAAAAGAUGCCCGGACAGCUCCACAUGCUCACCGGGCCAGUGAUGAUAAAUCCUCGCAG